AAGACUCCCACCGUGCAAAAAGACAAGCCCGCCGCUCCAGCCAAACCCCCUUCGCUUCUGGCAGAGCAGACUGUUUCCAACAAAGAGCAGCGCAAGGCCGAUUGGGCCAUCAUUAAGGAUAUGGCUCAUUAUCUAUGGCCCAAGGAUGACUUCGGCACUCGUUUCAGAGUCGGUCUUUCCGUUGCUCUUCUCGUAGGCGCAAAGGUUUUGAACGUUCAAGUUCCUUUCUACUUCAAGUCAAUUGUAGAUUCUAUGAAUAUAGACUUUGCUGCUGUUGGUGGCACUGCCGUAACUGUUGCUGGCGCCACCAUCUUUGCCUACGGUGCCACGAGGAUAGGUGCUGCUGUGUUUCAGGAGAUCCGUAACGCAGUUUUUGCCAGUGUCGCCCAGAAAGCCAUCCGUCGAGUUGCCGCCACUGUCUUCGAGCAUCUGCUGAAGCUGGACCUGAACUUCCAUUUGUCCAGACAGACUGGUGGUUUGACAAGGGCUAUUGACCGAGGAACAAAGGGUAUCAGCUUUCUCCUGCAAUCAAUGGUCUUCCAUAUUAUUCCUACUGCCCUCGAGAUCUCGUUGGUGUGCGGUAUCCUUACAUGGCAAUAUGGCUUCAAAUUUGCUCUCAUCACAGCCGCCACAAUGGUUGGCUAUUCCGCCUUCACGAUUCUAACAACUUCAUGGAGAACCAAAUUCCGCAAGGCUGCCAACGCCGCUGACAACAAGGGAGCAACCGUGGCCGUCGAUUCGUUGAUCAACUACGAGACCGUCAAGUAUUUCAACAACGAGCGUUACGAAGUCGGUCGUUAUGAUGCCGCGCUCAAGAACUACCAGGACGCAUCCAUCAAGGUCGCAACAUCGCUUGCCUUCCUCAACAGUGGACAAAACCUGAUCUUCUCAAGCGCUCUGACCGCUAUGAUGUACUACGGUGCUGACGGCGUCGCUACUGGUCAACUCACGGUUGGUGAUCUUGUCAUGAUUAACCAGCUUGUCUUCCAGCUUUCUGUACCCCUUAACUUCCUCGGCUCGGUGUACCGCGAACUCAGACAGAGUCUGCUUGAUAUGGAGACGCUGUUUAACCUCCAAAAAGUCAAUGUGGCUAUCAAGGAACCCGAAAACGCCAAACCAUUGAUGCUCACAGGCGGUGGCAUCAAGUUCGAGAAUGUCUCGUUCGGUUAUCGCCCUGACAGACCAAUCCUGCGCAAUCUCAAUCUUGAGAUCCCUGCCGGGAAGAAGAUCGCCAUCGUCGGACCUAGUGGCUGCGGUAAAUCAACUAUUCUCCGCCUGCUAUUCCGAUCAUACGACGUUCAAGGCGGCAGGAUCCUCAUCGAUGGACAAGAUAUUCGCGAUGUUCAAAUCGAGAGUCUUCGCAAGGCCAUCGGUGUCGUCCCUCAAGACACCCCACUUUUCAAUGAUACCAUUGAGCACAAUCUUAGAUAUGGUGAUCUCGAGGCUUCAUCAGAAAAGGUCGAGGCUGCCGCGAAACGCGCAAAGGUCCACGAUAUCAUCCAGAAAUUCCCUGAUAAGUACGCAACUAUGGUUGGUGAGCGCGGUAUGAUGAUCUCAGGUGGUGAGAAGCAACGUCUGGCCAUUGCCCGACUACUUCUAAAAGACCCGCCUUUCUUGUUCUUCGACGAAGCAACUUCGGCUCUUGAUACACAUACAGAGCAAGCACUCUUGGGUAAUAUUAACAGCAUUCUCAAGGAGAAGGCACGAACAAGCAUCUUCGUCGCUCACAGACUCCGUACCAUCUACGACUCUGACAUCAUCAUCGUCCUGAAGGAUGGUGAUGUAGCAGAGCAGGGUACGCAUGAACGUCUCGUCGACAGUGGAGGAGUCUACUCCGAGCUGUGGAGUGCUCAAGAGAUGCUUUUCUUCGACGAGGAGCAAGAGAAAUCUGAAGAGAAGAAGAAGCAAGAUAAGAAAAAGGUUUAGACAUAGAACUCAGGGUCUAGACACUUGCUACGGACAUAUGACAAAAUGCCCAUGUAUAUGCUGUAGAAUAAACGUCUUGGAAAUGCCCUGUCGAGGCUGAUCUACACGAUCUGCCUAGUAUUAGAUUGAGCGAAAUCCUUCGACUCCAGCCACGCUGAAGUUUGUCACACUUCAUUGCUUGUUACCACAAUGUUUUCUGGAAUCAGACGAGUAUCGCGUGCCACGACAAAGAUAUCUCAACAACUCAUGGAGGAAGUGACUAUUUCAACAACUAAGUGCCCACUUCACACAAGUACAGAACUCAUUAGGUGUGCUUCCAAGGAUUGGCGUGUGACAAACUUCCCCUCCAGGAAGGGACUUGGCGAGGCGGCGCAUGACAACAUAGACCUUGCCGU